ACACAAAUGGCAGACAGAAAAUAAAAUUCACCUAAACACAUUCUACAACAACAGAAAACAAAAACAAACAAACACAAACAGAGAAACAACCAAACAAACCCAUGCCAUACACAUCAUGCUGCAACCUCACGACGAGAGUCUAGGGGAGGCAAGCUCCAGCGUGUACGCACACACUGAGAAUGCAUCAGAGGAUCCGAGUGUGGCAUCGCUGAACGACUCCGAGCAGCCAUCAGACCAGAGCACAUCCCAUUACUUGGUGCAGGUGCAGCUGAGCCACAAACAGAUCAACAAACGCUUUACGGAACUUCUGAACCUCUUCGAGGGCUACACAAAGAUCAUGGACGGAGACCAGAAGCAUGAGGGCGUGGCUGCGAAUCAACUGAAGCGUGUUCCCAGCCAUGAUCAAAAUGAGCGGCUGUCGGCGGGUACUGCGUCGGAACGCACCAUUCAGGCCGCCAGCUGCGAGGUGAGCAUCCAGACAUCCUGGACGCUGCUGGAACAGCAGAAGAACGACUCCAAGGCAGCAGAGGAAGGAGUGUCGCCGAAGGAAAAGCCCAGCCGGUUGCAGCAGCAUACCAUACACAUCGAAGUGGCGUCGGUGACAUCGGCCACAGACAUGCAACGGGCGCCCCUGCACCACAGAUUGUGGCAUGUCCUUCUAAAUGCCGUGGACGCUUUGAUCGGCUGCUUGUUAAUGAUGGGCGAAAACGUUCCCUACUUGCUGUUCAUAUUGGUGUGCGUUUGGUGCCUCUACCUGUUGUUGGCACACUACAGAAAGUUCCUAACCGAUCACAUCAUUGCGGUUGAGCCCCCCAAGUAGUUAAAUGAAUGAUUCGCUGCGCUCGAUUAAA